CCGCUACUCUCUUAUCAGUAGCGCCGUAGCUUGUACAACAAAGUUGCAACUGUGUUCGCCGAAACUCGAGCCUAUAUCUACUUGUUGAUUCUUUGAGCACUUCUUUGCACAUAGCCAGGAGGAAUAUAGCUUGUCAUUAUGGACGAAAUCGCCCCAGAGUACGAUGUUGUGGUUCUUGGUACCGGUCUGACCGAGUGUGUUCUGUCCGGAGUUCUCAGUGUGAAGGGCAAGAAAGUGCUGCACAUUGACCGCAACGAUUACUAUGGCGGAGAGGCAGCUUCUGUCAACAUCGAGACUCUGUUCAAGAAGUACGGAAACUAUAACGCGGGUGAGGAGCCAUGGAAGAAGUACGGCCGUGCCAACGACUGGAACAUCGAUCUGGUAUCCAAGCUGCUCAUCUCAAGCGGAGAGCUUACCAACAUUCUCGUUUCAACGGACGUAACAAGAUACCUUGAAUUCAAGCAAAUCGCUGGCAGCUACGUGCAGCAGAGCUCUGGACCAAAGGCGACUGUCGCCAAGGUUCCCUCUGAUGCGAAGGAGGCCCUGACCUCUUCCCUAAUGGGCAUUUUCGAGAAAAGGCGCAUGAAGUCGUUUAUCGAAUGGGUUGGAACUUUCAACGAGGGUGAUUCUGCUAGCCACAAGGGCCUGAACAUCCAAGCAUGCACGAUGAAGGAAGUCUACGACAAGUUCGGAUUAGAAGCAACCACCCGCGACUUCAUCGGACAUGCCAUGGCAUUAUACACAACCGAUGACUACAUUACCGCGGCAGGAGGAGCACCAGAGACUAUCGAGCGUAUCCGUCUCUACGGUAACUCUGUUGCUCGUUAUGGAAAGUCCCCAUACAUCUACCCGCUUUACGGUCUUGGUGAGCUUCCUCAGGGAUUUGCUCGUCUGUCUGCUAUCUACGGUGGCACUUACAUGCUCAACACCAACCUUGACGAGGUUACAUACGACGGAAACAAGGCUGUUGGUAUUAAGGCAACCAUGAAGGAGCGUGGCGAUGAGGGCGACGGAAUGACCUUCAGCACCAAGGCCAAGAAGAUUCUUGGAGACCCAUCCUACUUCCCGGGCAAGGUCCAGGUUGUUGGCCACGUCCUCAAGGCGAUUUGCAUUUUGAACCAUCCCAUCCAGGGCACCGACAAUAGCGACUCGUGCCAGCUUAUCAUUCCCCAAUCGCAGGUCGGAAGAAAGAAUGAUAUUUACAUCGCCAUGGUCUCUUCCGCACACAACGUAUGCCCCAAGGGUUACUACAUCGCCAUCGUCUCUACAAUGGCCGAGACCAACGCAAACCACCACCUGGAGCUCGCACCCGGCUUCGAGCGCCUCGGCAGGAUCGAGGAGAAGUUCAUGGGCCCACCAAUCCCACUCUACGAGCCGCUCGAGAGCGGCGUCAACGACAACAUCUUCAUCUCCAAGAGUUACGACGCCACCAGCCACUUCGAGACCACCACCGAUGAUGUCAAGAACAUUUACCUCAGGGCUGAGGGACACGAGCUGGUUGUUGAGGGACUACGCGAGGGAACGAACUUGGUUGGUGAGGAGUAGGAGGAGGAGAUGUGAAUAGAUGAGCAAACUCGUUGGUGCCUAUCAUUGCUAAUAUCGGAAUACCUCGUCGAAAAAUAUCUAUGAAAUUAUGCCAAAUCUGCUCUUUUGUACUGGUAAUGAGAGGCGCAUGAAGCUCGAAGAAUAUUUUUAUGGAGGCUUUUGCAGGUGAUGUUUUGGAGCAAAAUUGUACGACCAUCCACCAAAUCCGGAC